GUGCUGACAGUGUUGCUGAAUAGAAAACCGCCACGAUUGAUGACUUUUUGUGUAGCGUCAAAAUUUGACAGUACACGACACAACAUAGAGUGGAAAUACGAAAUUUACGAACAAUUAGCCAAGAAAACAGAACUACCGUGUGAUAAAACGUGUCCUGCCGAAUCCUUUAUCCUGUUAUCGCGAAUACUCGUGCUCUCGUUCCGAAGCGCUAGGCAUAAAAACAGUUGCACAGAAAAUGGUGUUUGUAAAGUCGUGGGAUGAUUUCGAGAUCGCGGCCGAAAAUAUGUACAUGGCGAAUCCGUGCCAGUGUCGGUUUACGAUGAAGUACACGCAUCAACGAGGAGCUGUUUUGUUGAAGCUGACCGAUAAUGCAAAGUGCGUACAGUACAAAACAGAGGUCCUGUCGGAACUGAGACGAAUCGAAAAAUUCUCCGGGAAUCUGAUACAAAUGAUGGCAUCGAAGGAAUAAGAACGAGUAAAGCAGGCGGCAUACGACACAAAGCAAAACGAGAAAGAUACGAGGCGAGGGAUUUAAAAUAAAAAAUCAACCAUAUUGUUAAGUGAA